UCCAAUCCUCAAUCACUUGUGUGAGAAGGACGGCUGGUUGCAUUGUGUACAGUGGUGGUACACUGCUAGGUGGGUUAGGAAAUAGGACUAUUCUUAAAUAAUUUUAAUCGAGAAUAGAACUGGUGAUAUCCUUUAGAUUAAAGAUUACGUAAAAAAGGGUUAUUUUUAACAUGUCCGUACGAAAAGCAUCCCACGCUGGCAGCUGGUAUUCUGAUUCGGCUAAGGAACUUGGUCGUCAACUCGAUGGGUGGCUAGAUGCAGCCAAUUUCUCACAUGGACCAGCAAGGGCUAUCAUUGCACCGCAUGCUGGCUAUCGUUAUUGCGGAUCUUGUGCAGGUUUUGCAUACAAACAGAUUGAUCCUACAAAUGUGAAACGUGUCUUUAUUCUAGGGCCUUCCCAUCAUGUAAGGCUGUCUGGAUGUGCCCUCUCAUCUGUAGCCAAAUACCGCACUCCAUUUUAUGAUCUCACCAUUGAUACACAGGUGUAUAAAGAACUACAGGGUACUGGCUGCUUUGAGUGGAUGAAUCUGGAAACAGAUGAAGAUGAGCAUAGCAUUGAAAUGCAUCUGCCUUAUAUUGCCAAAGUUUUUGAAAAUCACAGAGAUUUUACCAUUGUCCCAAUUUUGGUUGGAUCGCUGUCUCCGGAACGUGAAACCCACUACGGAAGACUCCUUUCCAAGUAUCUCGCGGACCCCAACAACUGUUUCGUCGUUUCAUCGGAUUUUUGCCACUGGGGUCAACGAUUUCGUUACACCCACUAUGACAAAGCAUGCGGAGAAAUUUUCCAGUCUAUCCAAAGGCUAGAUCGAGAAGGUAUGUCCAUCAUUGAAACACUGGAUACGGCUGGAUUCACCGAAUAUUUAAAAAAAUACGGCAAUACCAUAUGCGGUAGACAUCCAAUCGGAGUCCUGUUAAAUAUGAUAGAUCAUAUCCGUCAAACCACAAACGGCUUGAAAAUGUCACUCAAGUUUGUGGAUUAUGCUCAAUCGAGUCAAUGCCGCUCCUUUAGCGACUCGUCAGUCAGCUACGCGUCUGCUGCUCUACUAAUCGAAUGAAUAACCUUCAAGCAUCUAAAUUUAUAGAGCAUUGUGUUAAGUUAGGGAACAAGACAGCAAUUUCGUUCUUAGUUAAUUGGGAAAGGUUAAGAAUACUAUAUUCCUGACUUCUUGAAAUCCGCGCUAUAAUUUGGAUUGUUCGUGAAUAAGUUACAUUUAUUUACUUUAAUCUAGUUUAAUGAAAGGCUGGAUUGCAAUCUUAA